AUGACUGAGUCAAACCUCUCCUCAAGUUUGUGUCCCUUCAGUACCCGCGCUACCGAAUUCGAUCCCCAUCAUAUCAGUGCAGACCUCACAUCUGGUGAUCAUCUCCACCAGGAUAUCUCCCAUAGAUGCAACGACCACUUUGAUUACAUCCCCGGGCAAUACCACGAGAAGUGUACCCAUGCAAUCGACAAACCAAAACCUUCGACGAAUAGCACCGCUCGCAUCGCAGAUGGAGAACCCAAUAGCCAUCAUGAUAUUACCGGUCCCAAUUUCAAUGCUGCCCGACAAUGCCCUGCUCCACUGAUCGCCCAAACACAUCCAAUCGCUACAGUUUCUGCUGCCUCAACGACUGUCAUUGUUGAGCAGAAGCUAUAUGGUGAUAACUUUGUCAUAGGAGGCUCAUAUACUGUCAUUCCUGGUAAGCCCGUUACUGUGAUUAACACGCCUAUUGAGAUCCGAACUUCAAAUAGCCAGGCGGAAGUGAUUUUCGGCACAAUCACAAUAUCUCUGCAGCCAAAUUACCAUCAAACAACACACGCGCCGCCAGUAGCACCACCACUAAUACUUACUAUGGCCACCACAAUGGCAAUGCUAGGCUUCCGAUCAGAACAUGUGCUUGAGGGACAAAUAAUUGUCCCUGCAACAGUGCUUGUCGUUAACGGAGAGACAUCCAGCGUCAUUCCUGUAUCCGGCGGCACUUAUAACGCUGUAAUACCAGCUCCCUUGAGCUUCAGAGAGCAGAUGUAUACAGCCAAUCGUGCAGGCCACAUCAUAAUGGGUCCAGAGGCCACGCUGAUCCCCGACGGGAAUCCAGUGUUGACGGGACGAAGCCUAGCCUCGAACCCAUCUGUGACAACAAUUGUCACGUUGACAAGGGGUCCGAGUUCAUUUGAGACGUGGUCUGGCGGCUCUUAUGCUUUGCACCUAUGGAGAGAUGUACUGGAACAUAUGGUCUCGUGGGAACUCGCUUGCUGGAAAGUUACUGUGCGUCAAAUGGCGCUGGAUCAAUAG